AUGGCGUCAGUCAGCUGCUACUGCUCCUUGGUACUCAUGGCGCUUGCACUGGCCUCGGCGCCAAUGGCUGCUGUAGCGGGCGACCCGGACAUCCUCACCGACUUCGUCGCCCCGACCAUGCUCGGCGAGCCCGCCAACAUCACGGGCGACUACUUCACCUUCACCAGCUUUCGCGGUUACACGAUGCCGGUGGCCGCCUUCGCCGCGACCAAGGCCAGCAUGGUGGAGUUCCCGGCCCUGAAUGGGCAGAGCGUGUCCUACGCUAGGCUCGUGUUCCCGCCGGGCACCGUGAACCCGCCGCACACCCACCCGCGCGCCGCCGAGCUUCUGCUCGUCGUUGACGGCGCGCUCUCCGUGGGCUUCAUUGACACGGCUGGCAAGCUUUACACGCAAGAUCUAACCAUCGGAGACAUGUUCGUGUUCCCGAAGGGGCUGGUGCACUACCAGAACAACAAGGGGGCCGGCCCAGCUGUGGCGCUCUCGGCCUUUGGCAGUGCCGCCCCAGGCAUUGUGUCCGUGCCGGUCACCGUCUUCGGCACCGGCGUCGAUGACACCGUGCUUGCCAAGUCGUUCAAGACCGACGUGCCGACGGUGCAGAAACUAAAGACGGCACUCACUCCGCCGCCCAAGAAGCCAUGA